CAUCAACAAUCAUUUGUGAAUCGCCUCAACUGCCCAAGCAAACAAAUUAGCCAUGCGUUUCAGCUCUUUUCUCGCUUGCCUUGUCAUGGCGCCAUUGACACUGGCAAUUCCUGCCGAUCUACCUGCUGUUGAUGAUGUCUCCGUUACGCCGAGGGCGACCGGUGAUAUCGAGCUUCCCGACCUUCCCGAAGACUGGAAGACUGCUCUGGAAGGCUACUUCAAAGACAUGGACCUCGACAGCAGGGACUUGGACAAGCGAGGUGAUGUGCCUUUUCUGCAUUGCGGAUGGCGGCGGUUCUUCAGCUGCCUCGGAUCUCUGACGCCCGGUGGCGUUACGUGCAUGUGGGCGAUCGCCGCGCGUGGUCUUGAUGUCAAGGAGGACUCGAAAUGCUCUGCUGCCAUCGUGGCCAGCAUUCUUUCUGCUUCCAACAACUGCAAGUUGUGUGUCAACGGCCAUCUCUAGACGGCACCCGGUCACCAACCACUCAGCGUGUUCUUUCCAUAUCGCUUUGAAGCUUGAUGUGCUUAUUUCGUUUGUGUCCGACAGCAUCUAGGGUUUCCGACUCUCGGCUUCUCAUUCCUUUCUUCACCCAACUGAUGUUCGUUACAUCUGUCGUCCCCUCCGAGUUAUCUAAGAGUCGCGACGUAUGCACCUACAUGGUUUUCGGUGUGAUGGCUGGCGGUAACAGAUAAAAUAAGUAGUCCGAUUUACAUGAAAAAUGUCGC